AUGAACCAAUCGCAGAAAAAGAAGUUGCGGGCUCAGGCCGAACGGAAAAGUUCACAAAGGACUCCUAAAGGCUUGCCGGCCCCUGACAAGAAUAAUUUUGAAGGAGAUUCAUCACUGAUUCCCUCGGAUCAAUCUAACCAACAGGAUCUUCAAAAGGAACUCGGAGCCAUCAAGAAACUUGCUGGGAUCUUCGAGAUGAUGCCCUGCAUAGGAUUCCCAUCACAUCCAACAUUAGCUGCGAAAAGCAAACCGACAGCGCUUUUCUAUAACCAAGAGCUGCAGAGAUCCCUGACUUCCGAUUUUAUUGACAUCUCAUUAUCUAGUUCCGAGGAUCCACCCCCUCCCUUAGCCGAAAUCCUUUUCGCGAGACGUCCUUAUCUAAGCGACAUACUCGUGGAACAUGGGAAAUGCGCCGGUCUUGGGCCUUCCUCCGUUACCGAAAUCCUCGAACCAAUAGCAGAAGGACCCAUUCCUUCUCAUGACCGACUUGCACUUGAACGCUUGGCAUUUUGUUCACGAGGUCUAUUGUAUCAAUUGAGAAAGCCCAAAAGUAUCUCACCAAGAAGAAGACGUGAACUACAAGGACAAAGAGUUACCGAUUCUAUUGCGAGUAGAAUGGAAGAGGAUUUUGUUAGAGGUCUUGGUAUUGCAACUCCGAUUGAACCAUUUACAAAGGAAGAAUUGUUUCAAUUCUUGAUCGAAUCCUUGUGGAUUUGGGUGCAAGAUGCUCGCUGCAAGAUUGAAUUACGGUGA